AGUUUAAACGCAAGUCAGGUAGCUCUGGUUCAUAUCUGGUUUCUUGGUUUGGUCUAAAAACAUCUUUCUCCAUCUCUUUCUCUCACUGAUUUGAAUAGCCAUGGCCUUCUGUGGCACCUUGGUUAAGCCUUCUGUGUAUCCAUGCCACAAACACUUGGUUCCAAGUCCAAACCAUGGCUGCAUAAACAAGUUCUGUGUGAGAGCUUCAGCAAGUGGCUCAGGUGAUGGUGAGAGGACUAUUAUAAGGAAAGAGAAAGAUGGGUGGAAGAUCAAAUUCUCAUCAGAGAAACCAGCAACACCAUUGUUGGACACAAUCAAUCACCCAAUUCACAUGAAGAAUCUAACUACACAGGAUCUUGAGCAACUUGCAGCAGAGCUGAGGGCAGAUAUUGUACACAGUGUGUCAAACACAGGAGGGCAUCUCAGCUCAAGUUUGGGAGUGGUGGAGUUAACAGUGGCUUUGCAUCAUGUUUUUGACACCCCUGAAGACAAGAUUAUAUGGGAUGUUGGCCAUCAGGCAUACCCACACAAGAUUCUGACAGGAAGAAGGUCAAGGAUGCACACCAUCAGAAAGACUUCAGGGUUAGCAGGAUUUCCUAAAAGGGAUGAGAGUGUUCAUGAUGCUUUUGGGGCAGGGCACAGUUCAACAAGCAUAUCUGCUGGUCUUGGCAUGGCUGUUGCACGUGAUCUGUUGGGAAAGAACAACAACAUAAUUUCAGUGAUUGGAGAUGGAGCUUUGACAGCAGGACAAGCUUACGAGGCAAUGAACAACGCAGGGUUCCUUGAUACUAACAUGAUAGUUAUACUUAAUGACAACAAGCAAGUCUCUUUACCAACUGCCACACUUGAUGGCCCUGCAACUCCCGUUGGAGCUCUCAGUAGUGCUUUGAGCAAAAUUCAAGCAAGUACCCAAUUCCGCAAACUUAGAGAAGCUGCAAAGAGCAUCACAAAACAAUUAGGAGAACAAACACACCAGGUUGCUGCAAAAGUAGAUGAGUAUGCAAGAGGCAUGAUCAGUGCUUCAGGUUCUACUUUUUUUGAGGAGCUUGGCUUAUACUACAUAGGUCCUGUCGAUGGUCAUAGCAUCGAAGAUCUGGUCACCAUCUUUGAGAAAGUCAAAGCAAUGCCUGCCCCGGGUCCAGUUUUGAUUCAUGUUGUCACAGAAAAAGGGAAGGGAUACCCUCCUGCAGAAAUAGCAGCGGAUAAAAUGCAUGGGGUUGUCAAGUUUGAUCCAAAAUCAGGGCACCAGUUUAAGGCAAAAUCCCCUACGCUUUCAUACACACAGUACUUUGCUGAGUCUUUGAUAAAGGAAGCUGAAUUAGACAAGAAGAUAGUGGGCAUUCACGCAGCAAUGGGUGGUGGUACUGGCCUCAAUUAUUUCCAGAAAAAGUUUCCCGAACGAUGUUUCGAUGUGGGGAUAGCUGAACAACAUGCUGUCACAUUUGCUGCUGGUUUAGCUGCUGAAGGUCUCAAGCCAUUUUGUGCCAUUUAUUCAUCAUUCUUGCAACGUGGAUAUGAUCAGGUGGUCCAUGAUGUUGAUCUUCAAAAACUACCUGUCCGAUUUGCUAUGGAUAGAGCUGGUUUGGUUGGAGCUGAUGGACCAACACAUUGUGGAGCAUUUGACAUCACUUACAUGGCUUGCCUCCCCAACAUGGUGGUCAUGGCUCCCUCUGAUGAAGCUGAACUCAUGCACAUGGUUGCAACCGCAGCAGCUAUAGAUGAUAGACCAAGUUGCUUUAGAUUUCCAAGGGGAAAUGGAAUUGGAGCUACUCUUCCACUCAAUAAUAAAGGAACCCCGCUUGAGAUAGGGAAAGGAAGAAUUCUGACAGAAGGCAGCAGAGUUGCUAUUUUGGGAUAUGGUUCUGUAGUUCAACAAUGCCUCCAAGCCUCAGAAAUUCUUAAAGAACUAGACAUUUAUGUGACAGUUGCUGAUGCCAGGUUUUGCAAACCUUUGGAUACUGAUCUCAUUAGGCUACUAGCCAAAGAGCAUGAAAUGCUCAUCACAGUGGAAGAGGGUUCCAUUGGAGGUUUUGGAUCACAUGUUUCACAAUUCUUGAGCUUAUCUGGUAUCCUAGAUGGACCUCUAAAGUGGAGAGCCAUGACGCUUCCUGAUAGGUAUAUCGAGCAUGGAUCACCCCAAACUCAGAUAGAAGAAGCAGGGCUUUCAUCAAAUAACAUUGUCGCCACUAUACUGUCUCUUCUUGAAAAGCCAAAAGAAGCUCUUCGGUUCAAAUAAAAACACAAUUAGAAUAAUGAUCCUAAUUUGGGACCUAAAUGAUACAUCUAAUACUUAGAGGACUCCUUCAGCCAUUGUGCUUCAAAGGAAUCUGUAAAUAACAACACAACAAAUUGUUGGAGUUCACAUAUUUUGGAUCGUUAGGCGCAAGAAUCAUAAGUGAAUAAAGAGAUGAAUUUAUUCUAAGAACUCAAGGAAUCUAUCAAGGCAUUAUAUUGUAUCUAUGUUAAUUAUUUUAUUGUAAUUAUUUCACUACAUAAUGCAUCGGAAAUCACGAUUGCCCAA